AUGCGGAUUCCUAUCAGCGUCAAGUACAAAAACAAGACACUUCCAAUUACCGAUCAUGAUAUCGUUUUUCAGAUGGCUGAUGAACUUAACAAGCUGAACAACAACAACCAGAAAUACAAGAUUGACUUCAUCGAUUGGAUCCAAAGCACUGAAAACAACCUAUACUACAAGCAUGGCAUACGCCUUCCUAAUGGCAAGGUACCCACUGUUGGUCAGGUUGCUGCUAAUGCCAGCUUAUUCGCUGGUAUAAGUAGUAGUGCCCGUAUGGUCGACCGCAUUGCUGCUAAAGUGGACGAAGCGACCAAAAAAAUUUACGAUGAUAGUUGGUUCGAGUUGAUGAUCAAAGACUUGUAUGCUGCACAUGAUCGAUCAAGGAAGGCUAUGAUGAUUGGUCCGAAUGGGGAUGGCUACACCACAAGAUGGACAAAUGUGGAAGUCUAUGUACACGAAGUUCGCAGAAAGUGCCGUGGAUUCAAGUUUGGUGUGCGAGUAACCAAAAUUGAUCAUGAGGGUGGCAAAGUUACAGUACAAUGGAAGGAUGAUCCAUUUAAUACCACGUACAACAAGAAGUCUUUUGACAAUGUAAUUAUAUCCGUGCCCUUUUCGAUUGUUCGCACAUGGCAUUUACCAGAGCUGCCAUACACACUUAGGAGUGCCAUUGACAAUCUCGGGUAUGAUUCCGCAUGCAAGGUAGCUAUGGAAUUCAGGUCACGCUUCUGGGAACACUACGAACCACCCAUCCUUGGUGGCUGCGACACUACUGAUUUGUACGCUGGAGAAAUAUGCUAUCCAUCCAACAACUUGACGGAUGAAGGACCUGGUGUGAUGCUUGCUAGCUAUGUCUCGCAUGAUGCUAGUCUUCGUUUGGCAUCCAUGACCGAAAAACAGCACGUUGCCCGUGUCCUUGAGGACAUUGUUGAGCUACAUGGCGAUAUUGCCAGAGAGCAGUACACAGGCAAUUACGAUCGUGUGUGCUGGAUCUUGGAUGAGUUUCAAUCAGGUUCAUGGGCUUCACCGGAACCUGGUCAACAUAAGCUACACAUGCAAUCCUAUUUCGAGAUGAACAAUGGCAUUGUUUUCGUAGAAGAGCAUACCGAUAUUAAGCAUGCAUGGAUCAGUGGCGCUCUUGAAUCCGCUAUACGUGGCGUAGUUAUGGUACUCAUAGAACAUGGCCACGUCAAGGAAGCUAAAUCCUUGGUCAAAAAGUGGGAUGCCAAGUGGAUGAAGAUCUAA